AUGGGAAAGUUAUUGAGUUUGUUACUUCGAGAGGAUAGUUGCUGUUCCGCUCAACAUAAAUACGAUGUAUUCUUGGAUUUUGAAAGUGAGUAUAUCAUAUUAUAUACUAUUAUAAUACCCGUUCUUUUAUAUUUAAAUAAAUCCACAGCGAGUUUCAAUAUUUUAGCCGUUAGGUACCUAUAUCUGGAUUAAGAUCAUUCCCCAACUGCGCAAAAACCAGAAUCGUAUUGAGUUGAUCUAUACAAAUUAUAUUUUAAAUUAUUCAUAUUAUACUUGUAUGUUUCAAUUUAUUAAAAUUAUUAGUUCUAAUUGUUUUUCCGGGGGGGGGGCAAGUUCCCUUCUUGCUCUCUCCCAUGGGCGUCCACGUAAGUGAGUAUAUAUGUAAAAAAAAAAAAAAAAUAAAACAACCCAGUCAAAAAAGGUAUUAUGAAAACUAUUGUCGUUCGAUAUUUUUUCUCCGUUUCGCUUAGGGCGUAAAAAAAAUUAUAAUUUGUUAUUAUGCGUCAACCUUAAGAUGUGUUUCGGCGGUACAAAAUGAUUUCACCUCAACUAUUAUAAAUGACGUAUUACAUAGACGAACGGUCAGACUGCCAUUACCUAUACAAUAUCUAAAUAUGACUCAUUUGAAAAAUUAUUUUGUUUAUUAGUACAGUCGUUUUUUAAGGUAUAUGUUUUUCAAUUAUAAAAUACUUACUAUACCGAGUAUUUGAGUAGUAAUAAUAACAAUAAUUGAUUGCUAAUAAUUAUUAUUAUGACGCCGUCGGUAUACGCCUUUAUUGUGUAUUUUAUUAACGUAUUACAAUGACACUCUCAUAAUAUACGGUUUUUUUUUUUUUUUUCAAAAUUGUUAUUAUUAUUUUUAUUAUCGCGCCAAUUACGCGAUCAACUCUGACCCGAUGACAUUUAUAAUAAUUAGACCAUACGAACGGCUCAUUCAAUUUUUAAUUUCAGACGUCCAACCUACUGCAAGCGAAUUGGAAUUGUUCGACGAUGUUCAAAUUGUACUCACCGAGGCCUCCGACGUGCUAUCCGAUCUCAAAAAUUAUUCGGGUGCUGACCAGCACAUACGAGCGGCGAUCAUUAACCCGAGCGCGGAACAAAAUGCAUCGACUUGGGAAGAGCUCAUUCCCAGGAUUCGCAAACUAAGGCGGUUUUAUUUUUUCUCGCAAAAAAUAGGUAACUAUAUACAGUUUUAUAUGGAUUCAAAACUUUAGACAAAUGUAAUGUAUAAAUAAAACAAAACAUUGCAUCUCUAAUUAUAAUCCAUUAAAUAAAAGUACACUAAAAUUGAUUGAAACUAUUAAAUUCAUUAUAAAUAAAGAAGAUCAAAUCCAAAAUCAGCCUAAAAAAGCAAAACAAAAAUUAUGUAUAUUUGUUGUUCCACUUAUAGGAAUAAACUUAGGAAAUUUACAAGUUACAAUCGAUUUCUUAAAUAUUUAUACAUAUAAAAUUUCACAUUUAAUUUGAGUAUAAAAAUAAUAUGGAAUUUUAUUUUUGAACAGCAACUAUUAACCAAAUCUUCAUUUAACAUUCAUAAAAAAAAAAAAUAAAUACAUAUCUGUAUCCGAUGGAAAAAUGUCUAUAUUUUUUGUGUUAUUUGACAGCGUUUGUCGUACCUCAGAUUCUAAACAGUAUUUGUUCGGAUGAUAUAACUCCUUCCCAUCAACUGGAACGUCAGCAAGCUAUAGUCAAACAGUUCUCCGAGAUCAUUGAUUUUGUGUUCAAGUUCGAUGAGUAUAAGGUACGUAUUAUGCCUACGUAAAAAUAUUUAAUAAUAGGUAACAACAUUACAAUAAUUUAUUGAUUUUAUUUUUCUUCUUUCAAUAACAAUUAUUAGAUGCAAACUCCGGCAAUCCAGAACGAUUUUAGUUAUUACCGACGGGUGUUAAUGCGCGAAGGUCCGUCUUCGUAUUCCACUGAUCUAGACGAUGAUUCCACUAGUAAUCUGAACAUCGCCAACAAAGUGUCCUUGUUCUACGCAGAAUCGACACCGAUGCUUAGGACGCUCACAAACGUCACUUCGCAAUUUUUGAACACAGUAAUUUUUUAAAUCCAUAAUAGUAGUAGUAGUUAGGUUACGGUUACGGUUAAAUUAAAUUUAUUUAAAUAUCAAAUCGAUUUAAAACAGUAAAACUUUUCUUCAGAAGCCAUAGGUAGAUACCAAGGCUGGAAUUAAGAGAGGAGGGAGAAGGUGGGGGAUUAAUCCACGGGAGUAAAAUUUUCUGCAAUGACGUUUUCGCGUAUUUACGUUGUAUACUGAUAGAUACUUCUUUGAUUUAAUUUUUCAAUAUCUUAGGACCAGGAAAGAAAUAUUUUUACAUUUUAUAAAUAGAGUUUAAAGUGAACACCACAUAGAGCGUAUAGUAUUUUUAUCCCCCGGAUGUAAAAAUUCCUAGUUUUGCCACUAUUAGACGCUGUAAUGAACCUGCCCUAAGAGAUAAUAAUUUAGUUAUUAUUGACCCAGUUACUCCUUUUGGUGUAUUUUUUAAUCACCGUAAAUAUUUUUUACUGGCAUUCUAUCGAAAUUUAAUUUCCAUUGUUAUUGUUUAUUCAGGACUGUACUAAAAGGGGAUAAAAAAAGGAAACCAUGCCCUAGGGUACCGGAGACGUCAUACAUUUAUUGGAAGCCAAGUUUUAGAUAGAUAUCAAGUUUAGUCACUUAUUGUAUUAUUUUGUUACGCCAAUAAAAUGAGCAUGGUUCUGUGUUUAUUAUAAACUUUACAGCUAUACAGUAUCUUAUAGUGUUAUCUAAUUACUAAUAACUCUGUUUAUUAUUUUUCAAUUUUUUUUUUUUCAAUUGAAAUUUAUUGAAAUGUAUACGAAAUCAAUUUGAAAAAAAAAAUAUUUUACACGAGUUAUUAACAUUCGAAUUAUGCUGUAGGGCACCCUGUAUAUCACAACUAAACGAUGUAUGACACCAGUUAUAUUUGUUGGGUAUUUUUAUUUUUCAGGACAAAAGGCUCGUAGACUAUGCCAUCGAAAUGUUAAGUACCAUGGUAAAAGUGUGCAUACGCAUGUUGGAAACUCCGUAAGUUCGAUACUGUCAUCAUUACCAUAGGGUUCAUUUAUAAUAUUUUUGUAACAUGUUAUUUUCAUUUAUAUACUAAAGGGCUGUUCAGUUCAAAAAACGAGAAACUCACCUAUUUAUGUUACGCGUACUGGUUGGCCUGAUUAUCUUGUGCGAUCAUGUGUACCCGAAUGGAGUAUUUGUUAAGACUUCAAAUAUUGACAUCAAAGGUUGCAUACGGUUGCUCAAAGAGCAGCCCGAAGAGAUUCAUACUGAAAACCUGCUGAAUGCAUUGAGGUUAUUUUAAUUUGUUAUCAUAAAAUACUAUCUAUUAAUAUCAGCUAAAUUGCACGUGCAAAUUUUUUAUAGUUUUAUUUUAUUUUUCAUUGUCUUUUCUUUUUUCUAGGUAUACUACGGUUCAUCUAAAUGACUCAUCCACAUCGAAAACAAUUAAAACCCUACUCAUGGAAGCUUAA